GUUGUAUUUGCGUGUGCCUCAUUGAAUGAGGCAGCCUUAACUUUGGACCACGCUUUGCGGUUAUUAUUGUGGCCCGCCCUCUCCUUAUUAAGGGGAAGAUGUUGCAAUACAAGCAGUUUGUCAGAGAUUACGAAUAGCUAAUCUCUCCAGCAAUUGUAAUCUUUACAAACUAAUUUUGUUCUUCUGGCCACAUCCUUUGUUUAGGUCGGUUUUCAAUUAUGACCAUACCAUGGACCAAACAAGAGGCUACAGUGAUCAUCCUUUGCCUCAUCUCCCUGUUCACGAAGGCAUCGUUAGGAAAGAAAAUGACUUUGCAACCUUCAAAGGGCCAAGAUCCACCGAUGGCCUCCGAACAGGUGGGCCCAGUCCGGGAGAAUUUUGCCAGCAGUAUCCUAUGACAAGUCCUCACCUGCGUGGCGUGAUACAACGUUUGUCAUGCCGACGACACCUGCCCAACGUAAACGGGAUCAACGGCCACCCAAGCAAAAUCUGUUGCCCAGGGAGAAGAAGCCAAACAUCAUACUCAUUUUGACUGAUGACCAAGAUAUUGAGCUUGGUUCAAUGGGCUUUAUGCCAAAGACAUUGCAGAUUCUUGGUGAAGGAGGUGCCCAUUUCCCUCAGGCUUACGUUUCCACUCCAAUGUGCUGCCCAUCGCGAAGCUCUAUGCUCACUGGCCUUUAUGCUCACAACCAUCACGUGCUCACCAACAGUGAUAACUGCUCCUCGCCCCAGUGGCAGCAGGAGUUCGAGUCUCGCUCUUUUGCUACGUACCUGAGUGCAGCAGGCUAUCGAACAGCCUACUUUGGCAAGUACCUGAAUGAAUACAAUGGCAACCACAUUCCAACCGGCUGGCGGGAGUGGGCCGCUCUAGUCCGAAACUCGCGCUUCUACAACUACACUGUCAAUGUCAACGGCCACAAGCGCAAGCACGGUCUGGAUUAUGUUCGCGACUACUACCCUGACCUGGUGACAAAUGACAGUGUGGCUUUCCUGCGCCAGUCCAAGCAAUUGUUUCCUAAUCGCCCGGUGAUGAUGGUUGUCUCCUAUCCGUCCCCGCACGGUCCAGAGGACUCAGCACCCCAGUACCAACAUCUUUUUCAUAAUAUCACGACACACAGGACACCAAGCUGGAAUUAUGCUCCAAACAUGGACAAACAGUGGCUAUUGCGGUACACUGGCCAGAUGGAGCCGAUUCACAUAAAAUUUACUGAUAUGCUUCAUACAAAGCGGCUCCAGACAUUGCAGACUGUCGAUGAUGCUGUGGAAAAGCUGUACAAUGAGCUGUUGAGCUUGGGGGAACUGAACAACACUUACAUUUUCUACACAUCUGAUCAUGGCUAUCACCUUGGCCAGUUUGGCCUUGUGAAAGGAAAAUCAAUGCCUUUUGAAUUUGACAUUCGGGUGCCUUUCUACGUCAGGGGGCCGAAGGUUCCACCAGCAACGAGGUUAAAAGAUAUAGUACUGAAUAUUGAUUUAGCACCAACCUUUCUAGAUAUUGCUGGCAUUGAUGUUCCGGAGCAUAUGGACGGCAAAUCGAUAUUUCCCAUCUUGGAAGAUGCCUUUGAUUCCGUGAGAAGUGGCCACCGGAGAACUGAGAUAAAACGGAGGAAAUCGUGGCGAGACAGCUUUCUGAUUGAAAGAGGCAAAGUGUCAAAGGACCACAUGUAUGAUGGAGCCUACAACUCGACCAAGGAGCGCAACCUGCACGUGAAGUGUACAUCUGGCAGACACCCUUCGCCAUGUCAGCCACAUCAGAAAUGGGAGUGCAUUCACGAUGGCAGGCGUUGGCACAUGCAUCGUUGCAAGCACCCACGGCUCCACCACCGUAAAACCUGUGUCUGCAAGGAGGACAAUGAGGACCACUUGCCCGAAGCGAACAUUGGUGAGAUUCCAGUGCCGAGUGGGGUCAAGCUGAAGAAACCCAAGGAACAUCGCCGCCAUCACCACCACGGUCAGCACUUGCACACAGUCCAAGAGCUGCCAUCCACAACAUCGUCUGCAAGCCAGACUAUGCUUGCUGCCCAUCGCCUGGAGCCAUCUACUAACUCCCAGCUCACGGCCGAGGAACGCAAGCAGCAGCGCAAGUUUCUUCGAGAGCAUGUGAAGCAGUCCUUCAGGCCUGUCUUCAUGGCGGUCCGGUUGAAGCGGCGCGCGGAUGCUGUGGCAGAAGGUUUUGACCUGACAGACGACAAGGCUGUAUCUGCUUUUCUGAGUGCAACGGCUGAUGAGCUGCUUGAAGAGGAGAUGAAGUUGCUAGCACACACCAAUGGCAGCGGAGACCAGUCGUGGGGAGGUGCCCUUGGCGAUGAGCCAGUUCCCAGGCGCGACGGCAACAGCCCGUGCAGCCCCGGUGAACGCUGGUGCGAUGUUGCUGGGGAGGGAAUGGGUGGUGGCAGUGGCAGUAGGCAAGACGGCAGGCCGGUGCGGCCUAACCACAACGCCAAGCGGCUGUGGCGUCAGAAGAAGGAGCACAUUGACGCUCUCAUCCGUCGGCUGCGACAGAAGCUGGAACAGCUCAAAGGGCUACGGAGGACGCUCAAGAAGCACAAGACCAAGCACCGCCACCACAAGCACCUGCUGCCGUUGCCGACCGAGGUCCCCCUGGUGACGGCACGAGAAGGCAGGGCGAGGGAUAUUGAAGAAGAUGGUGGCGACGAAGGUGAUGACAGGGAAUACGAGGAGGAAGUCGCCACACCGAGACGGUGUCACUGUGCUAAUGGCCAGCGGGGUACACUUGUGAGAGACAGCCAAGAAGAUCUUGGUAGUGAGCAUGCAAGGACCAAGGAAGAGAAACUGAGGCGCAAGGAGCGAAAGUUUCGCCGCAAGUCAAAGUUCCAAAACACAACAUGCAACCUUGAGAAAAUGAACUGCUUCACUCACGACAACAACCACUGGAAGACUGCGCCCCUUUGGACAUAUGGUCCAUUUUGUUUCUGUCAAAAUGCAAACAACAACACAUUUUGGUGCCUGCGAACAAUCAACGAGACGCACAAUUUUCUCUACUGUGAAUUCGUAACUGGCUUCAUUACUUUCUACGACAUGAGAAGUGAUCCUUAUCAGUUGCGAAAUGCGGUCCACGAUUUGUCGACGCAGGAGGUUCUAGAGCUACACAACUCUCUUGAAAGAUUAAAAAGGUGCCGAGGCUCUCGAGAGUGUCACUUGAAGUACAGGCCAGACGGGCGACGAGAUUUUCCUGGAUCCGUUCGUUCGAGGCAUGACAGGCAUUGGAAGAGUAGUCGUCCUGAAUGAUGGAGUGGAUACCUGACUGCUACUUGACAAAAUAUUAAAUUCUUCUCUGUGUCUUCUACAAAGGAAAGGCGCACGAAGGACAUCUCAAGCCACCCCAUAGAUGGCACGUCAGUUCCUGCAGCCAACCUUUUCUUGCUGCCCUACUUUUUGCAUUUGUGUUUAUUGCACAAACUCUGCAUUUACUAUUUUUCUUUCCCGAACAAACUCUAGUGUGCCUCAGACACAACAUACUGUAUAGACAUGUGUAAGGGUUGCAAGUUAUUUGCUGUCUUGAUGUGGUGCAACCAUGACACGGGGGCGGGCCAACACGGUUCAAUUAUUCUGGCCUUGCAUAAAUCGUCAUGAUUCCUGUGUACCAAAAGAGCAAUCAUUGUUUUUUAUAAUGCAUUACUUGCUUAAGCACGCGCACGUGCCCUGGGUGCCCAUCUAGAAUUCGCGACUAUCACUGUCACUGCUGCUCAGGCUCUGUUUGGUAGCACACGUAGAUGCAGUUGUCACCCUUGCCAUCUGUGUCAUCAAAUAUGUCCGGGCCUUCAAACUUUUUACAACAGUGUCCGGAAAUACCAUAGUCCACAUGCUCAGAAUCGGAGACAAGCUGCAAUGACAAUUUUGUUAGCAGUUACUAUUACUAUUUUUUUUUUUUUUUCAUUUUUCUUUUUUUCCAAAUUUUAUGCUACCAAGUUGGGGGUGCAGCAAUUACAUGAAUGCAUAUGGUACAUUUCAGUGACUGCAACACAAGGAAGUCUGGUCGAACCUGAAAAGGAUAAACAUCCCAACUACAAGGGAGAAAAGUUCUGAAGUACUGAAACUUGAGUGCAUUUUGGAUUUCAUUCUAAAUGAGCUGUAAAACGUGCAAGAAGCAUCUUCUGGGAAAUGCCUAGGUGGCAUACUGUAAAACUAGCAAUUGGUGUCUAGGAGGCCCAUUAGGUAAACUGCAUAAGCAUGUGCUUGGCUUUCUCUCUUUCUCCCAAGCCGAAUUACUAGUGUUAUUUCGUGGAGUAGGCAUUGUUGACUUGAGAGUGCUGCCAUGUUUUGCCAUAGUUCAAGAGAAUACUUCAAAGGAGCACUUGCACUAGUGCACUCUUGUUUUAGGAUUGUGGAUCUUUCUGGCUGUAAACUUUUCACUUGGACUUGCUAAGUUUCUGUGGUGUCAGUGACAGUGCUGUUGUAAUUUCUUGCUUCGUAUUUGAACUGUGCACAUCAUUUCAGUUCACAAAUUCGAAAUCCAAAAAGGGCAAAAUUUGUGUCGCUGAUUACUUGUUAACCUAGAACUUUUUAAAGCAUGUUUGCGUUUACUUUCUUGUAGUCUCUCUAGCUGUUUUAAUUAUUAUAUAUACUAUAUGUAUUAGUCAAAAGUAAUUCUUAAGGCCUAGCUUGAAUGCUUGGCCAGCAUGUAACUAGAUUUUAUUAGGUGCUUUCUUAUUUGUAUGUCUACAAUUUCUUUUGAAAAUGUAUUUUUUGCUACUUCUAUUAUUACUUUUUCAGUGUUUCACAGCCUUAUUGCUGAAUCUCACGUUUUCGUUCUAGGACUUUUUUCUAUAGGCUGCAAGCCAUGCUUUAUACUUGGUAUGGAGCUGUUGCUCCUAAAUUUGUUUUGAUAUCUUUUAUUUAGGAUUUCAAGUUUUGAUAGAUGUAUAUAUACACCUAUGUACUAUGAAUGCAAAUCGGCCAUGCUUAUCACUGGAACAAUUUUUUAAUCUAUUUACAUUGCAAAACUUUCCACCUACGAUACCUAUUUAUCAAUGACAUAUUUUAUUGCAUUGUAUAGUUGCAUUGGUUACUAUUUGUUGAAUUGUGCGCAUGAUGGAUUGCUCACACUGCUGCUUUAAUUGUGUGAAACAUGUAUAGAAUUGUUUAUUGUUCAGCAAGUGUUGCAAGGGCAGCCGUGUGAAAUAUUGUGCAAAUGAGUUAGACUUCAGUGUCAGUACCAAGGACAUUUUCUUCCUGGAAGUGCUUGUAAGAACUGGAAGCCUGUCUAAAACAAAUGUAACUGCCAUGUUAAUUAGUCUUGUGCUUAAUUGUGCACAAGGCAUCGUGUAACAUACUUGCCUUGGCACCGACCAUGCAAAGGAUGUAGAAUACUGUGUAGUACUUUUUGCGGACACUUUGAUUUGGUUGUGUAACAUAGUUUCGAGGUUGUGUUGGUUGUAUAGGAAUAGAACUAGGGAAUUGUGAUGUGCUUGGCACAUUACUUGCUUGUAUGUUUGCUUUUGUUGUAGGUUUGUGUCGAUUUAGGUUUCCUUCAUGUCUUCAAGAGUGCGUUGUGCUUGGUAUAAUAUAUAAUGCAUGCAAUGCAAAAAUUUUAGUCUUAAAGAUAAUUUGUGAUGCAACUGUUAGGGUCACAAGCUGCACUUGUUGCUUUUGUGUGUAUUGUGGCCUAUUUAAAAAAAAAAUGUUUUGCCUCUUUACCUUGUGGUUGUGACUUCUUGUGAUAAAAAGUAUGAUUUUGAGGUUUCCUGCUGGGAUAUGAUUGAACACCUUGGCUAUGGCUAGCAUGUAAGCUGUUAAAAGUGAUUCAUUGCUUUUUUUUAGUCAGUUGCAUUGAUGGUUGUUCAGUUGCUUGUUUCUUUGAUCAGUUACCUUUUAUAUUAUUCAAGUGCAUCAUUGAGGAAGCACGUCUCUUUAAACAGCACUAUGACUUCCAAUGCGUGCAGAAAAAAAUGAUGCCACUGGGAAUUGUAAAUUGUCCAUUCUGAAGCAGUUGUUUUCUGAUAAGAUAGCAAAUACUUUACUUACAUUUCUGCAUUGAAGCUCCUAUGUUUAUUGCAAUAGAAAUAUUAAAUAGACAUUGACCACU